AUGGAUCAUGGUGUUCUUUUUGUCGUGGUUGUCGUGGCCGUGCUGGGACUGAGUACAGCCCAGACGAAGUACUGCUGUACCCCUGACCAGUGGCAAGGCCUGCUGAAUCUCACUGUUGAAGGACAAGGGUUUCGAGAAUAUGGAAUCAAUUACAUAUCUUAUGACUACACUAACCGACGUCUGGCUUUUUUCUGGAAUCUCACUGACUCAUCAGGACAGGUUUCCACCCAUGAAACUCUUGAGCUGUACAGUGGACCAAAUAGUGGCAUGCGGUACACUUUAGACUUCCAGACCAGGAAGUGCGUGGUUCAAAAAGUGUCCGGUCCUUUUACAAAAUUCUGUAUUCCAGGAGCUGUGACUGAGUCUCUCCCAGUCACUGUAUAUUCUCUACCGGGACAAAACACAUCUCAAACACUUGUCACAGUCACACACGACCUGUGCGUUAUUGUUUCUGAAGUGAGUGUUAUAGAGGAUAAAGGAGAUAUUUCCACGAGUGUAUCUCGAUUUACUGACAUUCAUCUCGGCAUCAUACAGCCCUCUGUCUUUGAUGUACCUCCAGAGUGUAAAGAUGCAAAGCCAUUGCAUUCACAGAAGGUAAUGGAAAUUGAUGACAAUGGUGGGGUUUGGGAGAAUGGAGUAGAGACAAUGAAGGGAUUUGCAUAA